GAAUGGCACGUACAGUUGGUCCACGUGCUUCCGAAGCAUGUUCAUUCACGAGGCUAACCUCACUGCCUGGGAGGAUAUCUACGACUCCCGUGGCUACAGCGUCCACAAGGGUUGGGUUGCUGGCCCCAACAAGGUGUUCAGGUCCGUACUGCGCAGCUUUGUCGACAAAGCCUUCGGGGAGUACAGCCACUUCUACUUCAUGGAGUUUGAUGCGGUGCCCGUCCGCGCGGAGUGGCUUCAACAGUUUGUCGCGGAAGCCCUCUACUAUCCGCCUGCCGCUAUUCGUGGAAGUCGAUACAGAGGUGACACCUGGGAUAACUAUCUGCAAAAGCUGCCGCUCGAGCUGCUCUUCCACAUCAACGGCAACGCCAUCUACACUGUGGGUCACCCGUGGACACAGUACCUGCUGACCCAGUUG